AUGAACGAAGGAAAUAACUCAAGAGUGACUGAAUUUGUGUUGCACAGUCUUUCAGGUCCUCGAACGCUACAACUUUUCUAUUUUGUAUUUUUCACACUUUUUUAUUUGUCUGUUUUGUUGGGAAACCUCCUCAUUGUGCUCACUGUCCUCUCUGAACCUGUGCUCCACACACCCAUGUAUUUCCUGCUCAGCAACCUCUCCUUCAUUGAUGUGUGUCUGUCCACUUUUGCAGUUCCCAAAAUGAUUGUUGACUUCCUCAUGGAGCAGAAGACCAUCUCUUUUGAGGGCUGCAUGGCCCAGAUAUUCUUUCACCAUGUCUUUGCUGGUGGGGAAAUGAUGCUCCUCAUGGCCAUGGCAUAUGACAGAUAUGUAGCCAUAUGUCGACCCCUGCACUAUGCAGCUAUUAUGAGUAUACACAAGUGCACAGGCCUUGUGUUGGGCUCCUGGCUUAUUGGUGUCCUGCACUCGGUAAGCCAGUUGGUCUUCAUAGUAAAACUUCCAUUCUGUGGUCCAAAUAAAGUGGACAGCUUUUUCUGUGACCUUCCCAUGGUUAUUAAACUUGCCUGCACUGAUACCUAUACCCUUGAGAUACUGAUGCUUUCAGACAGUGGACUAAUAACAAUGAGUUCCUUUGUGCUCUUGCUCAUCUCCUACACAGUGAUCCUGGUCACUGUGCGACGUCAAUCCUCAGCAGGCAUGGCCAAGGCCCGGGCCACCCUGACUGCCCAUGUCACUGUGGUGACCCUCUUCUUUGGGCCCAUCAUCUUCAUCUAUGCUUGGCCUUUCAAUAGCUUCCCAGUGGAUAAGUUUCUCUCAAUAUUCUAUACUGUUUUUACCCCUCUCUUAAACCCCUUGAUCUACACAUUAAGAAAUAAGGAGGUAAUAUCAGCAAUGCAGAAACUGAGGAGGCGAAAAGUAAAUUCCUAA